GCUUCUUACCCACAGCAACAGUUAGACAGCCACCUCGGUAGCUUGCUAGCCAAACCGAUACAGCUCGUUAGACGCUUUCGUGUAUAUUAGCCACUGUGUUUUAAACCCAUUUCUGUUAUCUAGUUAGUUAUCCCAUUUAAUGUCAUAUUUACUGUGUUGUUAUUGGUAAACUAGCUGGCUGGUUAAAUUAGCACUAUCCUAGCUAGCAAGCUAACAUCACCGACCAUGACCUCACUAAGUUACUCUCCAACUAUUAAAGAAGAGGUCUGCUGGACGGAGAAGGAGGACGUGGAGGUUGUUACAAUACAACAACAAGUGGAGGGUGAGGCUGUUAGAGUGAAAGAAGAAGAGAGAGAAGUUACAGUAAAAGAAGAGGGAGACGCGUUCAGAGUGAAAGUGAAGGAGGAAGUUACGGUGAAAGAAGAGGAGCAAGAGGAGGAUGGAGUUGUCGGAGUGAAAGAAGAGAAGAGGGAGAUGACUGUCACAUCGAAAAAGGAGGAGGAAGAGGAAACUGGAUAUCUGGGCCCGGUUUCCCAAAGUGGUCUUAAGGCAUCCUAUGGUUCUAACGAUGAAUUUAGCCUUAAAAUAAGUUUGGGAAAAUCGGCCCAGAUUAACACUAGAGAGAGACUUGACUAUCGUGGAUCCUCUGUAGAGCCUCAACAAUAUCAUGAAGCUGACGAGGCAGAGAAGAGUCUCUCCACAUCAGAACGCCUCAAGAAACACCAGCGGAAACCCACAGGGACGAAAUCUCACCGAUGCUCUGACUGUGGGAAGAGUUACUCAAGAUCAGAUUCACUAAAGGUACACCAGAGAAUUCACAAUGGAGAGAAACCUUAUACCUGUGAUCAAUGUGGGAAGAGUUUUGUUACAUCUAGCCGUCUGACUAUACACCAGAGAACACACACAGGAGAGAAGCCAUAUAGCUGUGAUCAAUGUGAGAAGAGUUUUGUUACUUCUAGCCAUCUGACUAUACACCAGAGAACACACACAGGAGAGAAAUCUUACCAUUGCUCUGAUUGUGGAAAGAGUUACUCAAGAUCAGAUUCACUAAAAGUACACCAGAGAAUUCACACUGGAGAGAAACCUUUUAUCUGUUAUCAGUGUGGGAAGAGUUUGAAUGAUCCAAGCAGCAUGAAAACACACCAGAGAAUUCAGGCUGGAGAGAAACCUCAUUGCUGCUUUGACUGCGGGAGGAGAUUCACCUCUUCAGAGGACCUUAAAAUACGUCAGAGAAUCCAUACAGGAGUGAAACCUUAUAGCUGUUAUCAAUGUGGGAAGAGUUUUACUGAAUCUAGACAGCUGACAAUACAUCAGAGAGCACACACAGGAGAGAAACCUUACCCCUGCUCUGACUGUGGAAAGAGUUUUGUUUCUUCAGUACAUUUAAAAUCACACCAGAGAACACACACUGGAGAGAAGCCUUAUAGCUGUAAUCAAUGUGGGAAGAGUUUUACUCACUCAAGCUGCCUGAUGGUACAUCGGAGAACACACACAGGAGAGAAACCUUAUAGCUGUAACCAAUGUGUGAAGAGCUUUGUUACAUCUAGCCGUCUGACUAUACACCAGAGAACACACACAGGAGAAAAGCCUUAUAGCUGUGAUCAAUGUGGGAAUAGUUUUACUACAUCUAGCCAUCUGACUAUGCACCAGCGGACACACACAGGAGAGAAUCCUUAUAGCUGUAAUCAAUGUGGGAAGAGAUACACUGGUAGAAAAUCUCUGAUUAAACAUCAGAAAAUACAUAUAUGAAGACGUUGUUCCAUGAUUUCAAUUAAAUAAUGUCACAAUGUAGAAUGUUUUUAACAUUGUAGUAGGAGUAUUUUAAUGUCACAAUGUACAGUGAGGGAGAAAAAGUAUUUGAUCCCCUGCUGAUUUUGUACGUUUGCCCACUGACAAAGAAUAGAUCAGUCAAUAAUUUUAAUGGUAGGUGUAUUUGAACAGUGAGAGACAGAAUAACAACAAAAAAAUCCAGAAAAACGCAUGUCAAAAAUGUUAUAAAUUGAUUUGCAUUUUAAUGAGGGAAAUAAGUAUUUGACCCCCUCUCAAUCAGAAAGAUUUCUGGCUCCCAGGUGUCUUUUAUACAGGUAACGAGCAGAGAUUAGGAGCACAAUCUUAAAGGGAGUGCUCCUAAUCUCAGUUUCUUACCUGUAUAAAAGACACCUGUCCACAGAAGCAAUCAAUCAAUCAGAUUCUAAACUCUUCACCAUGGCCAAGACCAAAGAGCUCUCCAAGGAUGUCAGGGACAAGAUUGUAGACCUACACAAGGCUGGAAUGGGCUACAAGACCAUCGCCAAGCAGCUUGGUGAGAAGGUGACAACAGUUGGUGCGAUUAUUCGCAAAUGGAAGCUGGGCCUGGGGCUCCAUGCAAGAUCUCACCUCGUGGAGUUGCAAUGAUCAUGAGAAUGGUGAGGAAUCAGCCCAGAACUACACGGGAGGAUCUCGUCAAUGAUCUCAAGGCAGCUGGGACCAUAGUCACCAAGAAAACAAUUGGUAACACACUACGCCGUGAAGGACUGAAGCGCCCGCAAGGUCCCCCUGCUCAAGAAAGCACAUAUACAUGCCCGUCUGAAGUUUGCCAAUGAACAUCUGAAUGAUUCAGAGGACAACUGGGUGAAAGUGUUGUGGUCAGAUGAGACCAAAAUGGAGCUCUUUGGCAUCAACUCGCCGUGUUUGGGGGAGGAGGAAUGCUGCCUAUGACCCCAAGAACACCAUCCCCACUGUCAAACAUGGAGGUGGAAAAUUAUGCUUUGGGGGUAUUUUUCUGCUAAGGGGACAGGACAACUUCACCGCAUCAAAGGGACAAUGGACGGGGCCAUGUACCGUCAAAUUUUGGGUGAGAACCUCCUUCCCUCAGCUAGGGCAUUGAAAAUGGGUUGUGGAUGGGUAUUCCAGCAUGACAAUGACCCAAAACACACGGCCAAGGCAACAAAGGAGUGGCUCAAGAAGAAGCACAUUAAGGUCCUGGAGUGGCCUAGCCAGUCUCCAGACCUUAAUCCCAUAGAAAAUCUGUGGAGGGAGCUGAAGGUUCGAGUUGCCAAACGUCAGCCUCAACCUUAAUGACUUGGAGAAGAUCUGCAAAGGAGUGGGACAAAAUCCUUCCUGAGAUGUGUGCAAACCUGGUGGCCAACGACAAGAAACGUCUGACCUCUGUGAUUGCCAACAAAGGUUUUGCCAACAAGGGUUUUGCCACCAAGUACUAAGUCAUGUUUUGCAGAGGGGUCAAAUACUAAUUUCCCUCAGUAAAAUGCAAAUCAAUUUAUAAUGUUUUUUACAUGCGUUUUUCUGGAUUUUUGAUGUUGUUAUUCUGUCUCUCACUGUUCAAAUAAACCUUCCAUUAAAAUUAUAGACUGAUCAUUUCUUUGUCAGUGUGCAAACGUACAAAAUCAGCAGGGUGUCAAAUACUUUUUUCCCCUCACUGUAUAACCCUAAAGGUUUGCCCCCCCAUUCUAUUGAUUUCAGCGUGAAAUGGAUAUUAGCCUCAUAAGGGCAAAAAUCCAGGCUCUGAAUUGAAAGUGCACUAGUUAUGUGAUUAACAAAGAAAGUGUUGCGGUACACUUACCGCAUUGGGACCCACUUGAAAAGAAAUGCAACACCUCAAAAUGUAGCUAUAUGUUUUCUACAAAUUGUCCUCUAACCAGUGAUGUAAACAUUAUUCCCAGAUUCCAUGUGGUUUUUGAGCUGUUAGUUUUAACAGGACAUGCAACCUCAUCUCCCCCCUCUCGUGCAACUGAUUUCAAUGUGAUAUCUAUAUGAGUGAUGACAUAAGUGUUGCAUUUCUCUUCAUUUUUGCGACCCCUAAAUUUAAACGCAUUACUCAAAUGUAGCGGACUGAAAUUCCACAAAUGAACUUUUUAACAAGGCACACCUGUUAAUUGAAAUGCAUUCCAGGUGAAGCUGAUUGAGAGACUGCCAAGAGUGUGCAAAGCUGUCAUCAAGGCAAAGGGUGGCUACCAUGAAGAAUCUCAAAUAUAAAAUAUAUUUUGAUUUGAUUGCUACAGGAUUCCAUAUGUGUUAUUUCAUAGUUGUGAUGUCUUUACUAUUAUUCUAAAAUGUAGAAAAUGGUAAAAAAUUAAGAAAAACCUUUGAAUGAGUAGGUGUGUCCAAACUUUUGACUGGUAUUGUACGUUCACUUUUGGCUGACAGUGAAAGUUGAAAAUACAUAUUUUUCAGUUUGUUAUUUCAAUGACUUGAAAAUAACUUAAUUUCAACAUACUUGCAGCCUAUACUUGCAGAGUAUUAAAAAAUUGGUCUAUUAACAAUCGUACAUCACUCUAGUAUUUCUACACACUAUUUCUUUACAACAUUCAAGUGCUAAUUGUAUUUAUUCCUCUUCUGAAGAUGCGUGACUCAAAUCACCUACUCAUAUCAAACAUCCAGCGUAGCAAAAUAUAUAUAUUUUGUAUUAAUCCAUGCCUCACCAUUAAGUGAAUUAUUGCCAAUACCUAUUAACAAAGGGGUGUACAUUUGGUUUUGAUAUGUCAUAAUAUUUACAUUUCAUGUAACAUUUAGUCAUCUUAAUUAUUCAUGCAACCAACUUUUUAGUAUAUUGUUUACAAACAAUGGAGUAAAACAAGCUUAUAUUUUGGUUUGGACAUUGCAUCCUAUUCUUACUAUUUUAGCUAAUGGCAUUUCCUUAGGGUGCUCGUUAGUAUUUGUUUUUAUCGUUAUUCUUUAGUUUUUUAUCCUCAUGUUUGUUGUGUAGUAAAUAUUUCAGUUCUUUAGAAAAGAAUCUAUGAAGUGCAUUGCGUUUUAUCCAUGUCUGAAAUGUGCUAUAUAAAUAAAGCAUAGUUUAAUUUUAACAUAUUGCAAAACAAAUGCAACCAAUGACCAACUUCAUCCAAUCAAGUGCAUUUUUGUUGAAAAGGAAAAAUGUUGAAAUCAACAAUGCGUCAAAGGAUUCAACUACUGAAACAAACAAAUGGAUUAAACAGAUCAAUCCCACUUUUCAAGCCUGCUGGUGGCAUGGUAAACACCACCCCGGGCUCUACCAGGGGCACACUUAAGGUGGUCUCCCACAGCUCUUGCAUACUGUAUGUGGCAGUAGGGUGUACCAAUGCCUGACCUAGCGCCUGAAGACAAAAGUCAGACACAGAUUCCAAAUGAUGGCCAUUAAAUGAUUCCAUUAGGUUCAAUACAUGAAGUAAUAGCUUCAAAAUAGAUGUCUACCAUCUCUAUAAUGAAUAGGCUGACCAAAAUAUAGCAUAGUCAUUCGAGCUUCAAUAAUAAUAAAUCUGUUAUUUAUUGCUUUUCUUAUGUGCCAAAAGUGACAGGAAAACAGUGUGAGCUAGCAAUCUUUCUUUACAUUGAGCAUCACCCGUUACCUGCGAUUUCAUGAUUUGUCCAAAUGAUCAGUGACACAAAAUCUGCAUACCUGAACAAAGUUCCUCGUUAGUCGUUGCACAGUCUUGACACCAUAGAGAUAGAUAGGCCUCAACUUUGUGCGUCAUUGUGGCAUCCGUGACUGCAUGGGCAGCGCCAUUGAGGCUACAACCCAUAGGAAUCGCCACCCAGUUGACAACUUUGACUACUUUAAAAUGGUGGAAGCCCUCAAUGUCUCUGCCCAUGCUAAAACGGCCUUUUGGCCACUAGAGGCCUCUAUCAUUCUCUAUGGUUGGCAGAUGCUGCUACUGCACCAUUUAUGUUACCUGCAUCUGUCCCUGAGUAUUCUCUCGUGGACAGAGUACAGCUGACAAAUUACGCAAAUUCUGGGUUAACCUAGAUUAGUUAAUGAGAAAUUACACGUUCCAUAAACCAUGGUUCAUGAACAGAAAUGUUCAUUUUUGGCAACCGGAGGGAAAGGAGUGUUAAUUUCCUCUUUUUAUUUGUGUUUAUUGAGGAUGAGGGGUGUUUGUGUCUGGCAACUCUCGUCAAACAUGAGGUCUGGGCCAUGUUGACAUUGAUGUGUUAUUGGCACACAGAAGCCUUGGGCCUCUUUCUCUGUUCCCACUCUCUUCCUCUAAUGGUAACCUGGGAAAAGGUCUGAACAGAAAUGUAUCACUGGGUCAUUAAGUUUCUUAUUGAGGACCAUUCUCCCCAAAUGCUCUUUAAAGGCAGGUAGGUCUACAUGGUAAGUAUAGGAGCAUCACAGGGCCAUCAGAGAUUAUUUAACAUCAGAUUGGAUGUCUGACCUUGUUAGCAACCUUGCUUGGAGCAAUCUGAAACCUAUUCCUGUCAAAUAACAACACAAGACUUAUAAUAAGAGCCGCAUGGGAAGACUGCAUUUGAGCCCUAUUCAAUCGGAUAAGACCGCCAAUAUAUGUAAGGCGCUAACCAUGUAGUUUAACAUAGGGUACGUACUUGCUGUGUGUUGCCCUAUAGGAGCUCCAAGUACUUCCAAAUAUCUAUGAGGUUUUCUGGACACUAAUCACACGAUUGGUGUAGCAGAUGCAACUGUUGGUGUUCGCAAGCAAAUAACUGUUAGGCCUCUUUAGUGGAAUUAAAUCGUCAUGCUUCGGAGUCAAUGGAGGUAUUUACUCUACUUACACAGUUCUAACAAUGCUCAAGUUUUAGCCCAAUUAUACUAACAGAGUAAUCAAAAAAUCCACCACAGCCAUGCUUGAAUGUAUUAAUGCAAGCAUGGUUAAUGAAUACCACGGUAAAAAACUUUUUAGGCUUUUGGAUUAUGAGUGUUUUCCAUGUAGUCUUGUUGUCAAAGAUAUUAGAUGUAACCAUAGAUCUUGUGGCAAUGCUGAGAUGCUUAAGCAGUGUUGGAAUGUCAACAUUUCCAACGCGAGGCUCAUUGAAUACUUCUGCUUCAGUAUCUAAGCACCAGCUGUAUACAGACGUCAUCCUCCAUGCCCAACCUGUCUGUCCAAGAAUUGUACUUUUGAAUUUCGUAAAGUCAGUGUGGAAGAGGUGAUAGACAACAAUCAUUUUAUCUUAAAUGUAAGUCUACGAGAAAGUGUGUGCCCUCAGGCCUAGCGAGAAGCUAAAGUCAUUCCGCUACCCAAGAAUAGUAAAGCCCCCUUUACUGGCACAAAUAGCUGACCAAUCAGCCUGUUACCAACCGUUACUACAUUUCUGGAAAAAAUUGUGUUUGACCAGAUACAACGCUAUUUCACGGUAAACAAAUUGACAACAGACUUUCAGCACAUAUAGGGAAGAACACUCAAGAAGCACAGCACUUACACAAAUGACCGAUGAUGAGAAAUUGAUGAUAAAAUGAUUGUGGGGGCUGUCUUGUUAGACUUCAGUGCAGCUUUUGACAUUAUCGAUCAUAGUCUCGUGCUGGAAAAACAUAUGUGUUAUGGCUUCACACCCCCUGCUAUAAUGUGGAUAAAGAGUUAGUUGUCUAACAGAACACAGAGGGUGUUCUUUUAAUGGAAGCCUCAAACAUAAUCCAGGAUAGCUUUUUAGGCCCCUUGCUUUUUUCAAUCUUUACUAACGACAUGCCACUGACUUUGAGUAAAGCCAGAGUGUCUAUGUAUGCGGAUGACACUAUACAUGUCAGCUACUACAGCGACUGAAAUGACUGCAACACUUAACAAAGAGUUGCAGUUUCAGAAUGGUUGGGAAGGAACACGUUGGCCCUAAAUAUUUCUAAAACUAAAAGCAUUGUAUUUGGGACAAAUCAUUUACUAAACCAUAAACCUCAACUAAAUCUUGUAAUAAAUAAUGUGGAAAUUGAGCAAGUUAAGAUGACAAACUGCUUGGAGUAACCCUGGAUUGUAAACUGUCAUGGUCAAAACAUAUUGAUACAACAGUAGCUAAGAUGAGGUAUGUCCAUAAUAAAGCUCCGCUCUACCUUCUUAACAGCACUAUCAACAAGGAAGGUCCUACAGGCCCUAGUUUUGUCGCACCUGGACUACUGUUCAGUCGUGUGGUCAGGUGCCACAAAAAAGGACUUAGGAAAAUUGCAAUUGGCUCAGAACAGGGCAGCAUGGUUGGCCCUUGGAUGUACACAGAGAGCUAAUAUUAAUAAUAUGCAUGUAAAUCUCCCCUGGCUCAAGAGAGAUCGACUUUAUCACUACUUGUAUUUAUGAGAGGUAUUGACAUGUUGAAUGCACCGAGCUGUCUGUCUAAACUACUGGCACACAGCUCGGACACCCACGCACACCCCACAAGACAUGCCACAGAGGUCUCUUUACAGUCCCCAAGUCCAGAACAGACUAUGGGAGGCGCACAGUACUACAUAGAGCCAUAGCUACAUGGAACUCUAUUCCACAUCAAGUAACUGAUGCUAGCUGUAAAAUUUGAUUGAAAAAAACGGAUAAAAAAAAAAACACCUUAUGGAACAGUGGCUCUCUGUGAAGGGACUGUGAAGCAACACAAACAUUGACACAUGCAUACACACACACACACACACACUCGAUAGCAUACACAUUAUACACACACAAACAUGGAUUUAGAACUGUUGAUAUGUGGUGGAGUAGGGGCCUGAGGGCACACAGUGUGUUGUGAAAUCUGUGAAUGUAUUGAAAUGUUUUUUAAAAUUGUAUAAACUGCCUUAAUUUUGCUGGACCCCAGGAAGAGUACAGCUAAUUGGGAUCCAUAAUAAAUACAAUACAACGAGAGGAAAUCAUAGGAGGCCUCCUUUCUGGCUCCAAGUGUGUGACAUUUACAAAAGGCUACUACUUUGCAUCCACACAGUCAUCUGACUGACAGUUUAGCACAAUGUUCUAGCACUAAAACCAACCGUGUGUUUGAGUAGUUCACAUAGAACCAGAAGCAUCACACAAAGACAAAAAUAUAUCAUCUUGAAAAUGUAUUGUGAGGUAAAUGUUAUGUUUAUGUAUCAAAUCAAUGCUACAAAGUAUUGAAUCAAUGCUACUUUCUAAUAACUAAUUAGAAAGGUUCAUGCAGGUGACUGACUGAUCGUCUAUGGAGGAAUCCUCACUAUCACUGUUCCUCAACUUGGCAGUAUGCCCAGAAUAUUGCUAUGGGAACAACCGAGGUAUCUCAGUUUCAAGAUCUCAACUUGGAGACAGAGCCUCGUGAGGUAUUGGUCAGUCACAUGUGCAAGCCACUGGUAGUGAUUCAUUCAUUAUGUUAAAUCAUGCAAAUAUAACUGGUCUGUGUAUAGCCGUAUAUAAGACAACUGCAGGGACCACCCCAACAGAGCUUCUGAUAGAUAUGUACGGUGUGCAGAGUUUGCUGUAACCUCUCCAGCGUGCUGAUAAUAAAGAGUGAUUCAUUUUAAGGUUG